GGCUUAAACCCUAGACAGUACCUACUUCAAGCCUUAACCCUUGACACUGUGAAGGAUUCUCUCUAUCUAGAAUGCACCAUUUCUUCCCCUUGCGAAAUUCAUUAUGGAAGCGCCUCGGCUUCUCUCUAUCCCCUCUCUCUAUACGCCCCUUCUCCCAAGCCAUUUGCUCGCCAAAAAAGCUCGAAAGAGUUCGAGACCAUGGCUACGACAACUACAUGGAAGUCCAAAAAAAGAUAAUAAAAACCCUAAAAUUUCAGGACCUCAUUCUCUCUCAACCCUCUCAAACCAUCUGCAUCGCUCGCCUUGAUGCCCUGGCCCGUCGAUUUGGCCUGAAACAAUUCGAGGCCGGAGCUUUUGUUCUGAAAUUUCCCCAUGUUUUUGAAAUUUACGAGCACCCAGUUCAAAGGAUCCUCUUUAGCAGGCUCACAAAAAAAGCCCUAGAUCAAUUUCGUAGUGAAAACCAGGCGCUCGUGGCCCAACUACCAGAGGCCAUUAAUCGUCUCCGGAAGCUUCUUAUGGUGUCGAAUUCUCAGAGGUUAAGGCUCGAACAUGUUAGGGUUGCUCGUCGAGAUUUAGGCUUACCUGAUGAUUUCGAAUUCACCAUUUUACUUAAGUUUCCCCAAUAUUUUAGGCUUAUUGAUUCACCUGAUCCAAGAUCAAAGUAUAUUGAGCUCGUAGAGAAAGACCCCAAUUUAGCAAUUUGUGCAAUUGAGCGAGCUAGAGAGAUGGAGUAUCGAACCAAAGGUAAAGAUGCAGAGAAUAUUAGGUUUGCGUUCAUUAUCAACUUUCCACCUGGGUUUAAGAUUGGUAAAUACUAUAAGAUCGCAGUUUGGAAAUGGCAGAGGUUGCCUUAUUGGUCUCCUUAUGAAGAUGUUUCUGGUUAUGAUUUGAGGUCCAUUGAAGCUCAGAAGAGAAUGGAGAAGAGAGCAGUUGCAAUGAUUCAUGAGAUUCUAAGUUUAACUGUUGAGAAAAAGAUCACUUUAGAGAGAAUUGCUCAUUUUAGAAAUGCCAUGAACUUGCCUAAGAAACUGAAGGAGUUUUUAUUGCAGCAUCAGGGAAUCUUUUACAUUUCCACGAGGGGGAAUCAUGGGAAGCUUCAUACUGUGUUCUUGAGAGAGGCUUAUAGGAAGGGUGAAUUGAUUGAGCCCAACGAUUUGUAUUUAGCGAGGAGGAGGCUUGCAGAGCUCAUUAUGAUGAGCCCUAGAAAGAUGAAAUUGGGUGAGGAUUUGGGGCGUUUGAGGAGAGAGAGAGAUGAUGAUCGUGGCAUUGGGUUCGAAAGAGAGUCGUGGGAUGGUGGGGAUUUGGACAAUGCGGGAAGUGAGAGAGAGGAUGGGGGUGAUACUGGGCCAGGAAUGGAGUCUUGGGUUGAUGGGGAUUCGGAGAAUUCAGGCAGUGAGAGAGAGGAUGGGAAUGAUAUUGGGAGAGAGAGGGACCCUUGGGUUGACGAGGAUUUUGAGAAUUCGGGCAGUGAGAUAGAGGAAGAGGCUGAAAUUGUGUUCGAGAGAGAUUAGGUUAAUGACCUAUCAGAGGAGAACAGUUGCCCAGUUCAAAACUUCCUGGUGAAUCUCUCACCAGCUACUUGGAUGUUUCAGAAAUGUUGAAGAGAGGGAUGCUUGAUCGGAAACCUUAAAUAUGUCAUCUUAAAGAACGCCUUAAUUCGAGAGAUGUCCUGAACUUCACAACUGAAUGUCUUGGAAGGGUUCUCUCAGCAACUCCAUUCGGUGAGGCAUAAGGUAUCUCGCUCUGCCAUGCCACUGGGGUCCAAUGCAAAUCAAGCCGGGUUUGCUAGAGAAAAUGCUGGGGGUUGAAACAUUCAUAGGGAUCUGUUUGUGACCUUUGUGGAUGAAGGGGAAUGGCAUCAUUCUAUACAAUCCCUACUGAACAUCUAGUUUGUCUUGAUAUUGUUAAUUGGCAGCUCAUUUCUAUUUUCUUUUCCUUGUCUGUUUUUUCUCUUUUGACUGAUAGAUCCUCAUUGGGACCAGAUACGGUUCCAUUCUGUGAGUUGAGCAUCGAGUCACCUCUUCUUAUAUUUGUUUAGAUAAAAUCUGAUUAUUAAUUAUUAAGAUUUUUUUACUUUUUCCAGAUUGGGACUUGGGACUUUGUUUAAUGGAAAUAUUUGGAACCUUGUUAUUA